AUGGAAGUCACCCGCCAAGGCUCCGAGAGCAUCGGCUUCGAGCGCGUCGUCUGGGUUCCCGAUCCGGCCCAUGGCUACGUCCUCGGCGACAUCACCGACAUCCGCGCCAACGCCCUCUCCGUCAAGCGCCGCGUCGAUGGGAAGGAGGUGGACGUGAAAGCCGACGACGUCUUUCCUGCCGAAGAGACGACGGAUGGGACGACGUACGAUGACAACUGUGCCUUGAUGUACCUCAAUGAGGGCAGCCUCCUCGAGAAUUGCCGCCGCCGUUUUGCCAAUGACAACCAGAUCUAUACGUACGUGGCCAACAUGCUGAUCUCGAUCAACCCGUACGCCGAGGUUCCCGGCCUGUACUCGACGGAGACGAUGGCCUCCUACAGCGGCAAAUCCAUCGGCCAACAGCCCCCUCAUGUCUAUGCCAUUGCCGACAAAGCGUUCCGUGACAUGCGCCGCCAGGGCCGCUCGCAGUCGAUCCUCGUCUCCGGUGAAUCCGGCGCCGGCAAGACGGAGAGCCAGAAGGCCGUCCUCAAGUAUCUGUGCGAGAAUUGGGGCCAGACCGCCGGGCCCAUCCAGCAGCGGCUGCUCGAGACCAACCCGAUCCUCGAGGCGUUCGGCAACGCCAAAACGAGCCGCAACAACAACAGCUCGCGUUUCGGCAAAUUCGUCGAGAUCCACUUUGACAAUAAGAAUGCCGUUACUGGCGGCCACGUGUCGCACUACCUGCUGGAGAAGUCGCGCAUCGUCGGCCAGUCGGAUGGGGAGCGCAACUACCACAUCUUUUACCAGCUGAUCGCCGGCGCCGACGCCGACAUGUACAAGCUGUACAGCCUCGCGCCGCCCGACCGCUUCCAUUACCUCCGCCGUGGCAGCGUCGACUUCUUCGCCCGCGCCGACAGCGAGAACGCCAUCAGCCAGGACCGAUUGGCCGCCGAGGGCAAGACGUGCAUCGACCCGGUCGUUGACGAUGCCGGCGACUUCAAGCGCCUGCUGGCCUGCCUGGAGCAGUGCGGCCUCGACGAGACGACUCGCAAGCAGCUGCUCAGCACCGUCGCCGGCGUGCUCCACCUCGGCAACGUCGAGGUCCCGUUGAAGCCUGCUGAAGCGGCCGCCGCCCGCGACGCCCUCGCCAAGGCCAUCUACUCGCGCCUGUUCGACUGGAUCGUCGCCACCAUCAACAAGAGCAUCCCAUUCACCAACAGCCACAACUACAUUGGCGUCCUGGAUAUUGCUGGCUUUGAAUACUUUACCGUCAACUCGUUCGAGCAGUUCUGCAUCAACUACUGCAACGAGAAGCUGCAGCACUUCUUCAACGAGCGCAUCCUGAAGCAAGAGCAGGAGCUGUACGAGGCCGAGGGACUGGGCGUGGCCAAGAUCGAGUACGCCGACAACCAGGAUUGCAUUGAACUUUUCGAGAAGAAGGGCACCGGCAUGCUCGACCUGCUCGACGAGGAGAUGCGCCUUCCCAAGCCGUCCGCCGCCAAUUUCACCCAGGGCGUCCACCGAGCCAACCAGAAGCACUUCCGGCUUGAUGCGCCCCGCAAAUCGAUGCUGAAGGAGCACCGCGGCAUGCGCGACGAGGACGGCCUGCUCGUCCGCCACUUUGCCGGCACGGUCUGCUACCAGACGGCCGGCUUCUUGGAGAAGAACAACGACGCCCUGCACGCCUCCCUCGAAGCCAUCAUGGAGACGAGCACAAUGCCCCUGAUGAAGCUGCUCUUCGAAACCUCGGAGGCUGCCGCCGCAGCGCCGUCAACCCCUGGCCGCAGCCGUCUCGUCGUCCCGUCCGGCACGCACUUUGUGCGGUGCGUCAAGCCGAACUCGUCGAUGUCGCCGUGGAGGUUCGAGGGGGCGGCCGUACUGGGGCAGCUGCGAUGCGCCGGCAUGGGCUCCGUGUUGCGCCUGAUGCACGCCGGCUACCCGUCGCGCACCGGCUUCAAGGAGCUCUACGACAUGUAUGCGUCCGUGUUGCCGCCCGAGCUGGCCCGCCUCGACCCGCGCCUCUUCUGCAAGUGCCUGUUCCGCGUGCUCGGGCUCGACACGACCGACUUCAAGUUCGGGCUCACCAAGGUGUUCUUCCGCCCGGCCAAGUUUGCCGAAUUUGACCAGCUUCUCCGUCAAGACCCGGCGGCGAUGGCCCUGCUGGUGGCCAAAGUGAAGCAGUGGCUGCUCAACGUCCGCUGGCGCAAGGCCCAGUACGGCGUGUGGAGCGUCAUCAAACUAAAGAACAAGAUCGAAUACCGUGCCGAGCGCCUGCGCACCAUCCAGCGCCUCGUCCGUGGCUUCCUCGCCCGCCGUCGCACCCUCCCCCACCUGGCCCUCUUCAAGAAGGUUGAGGCGCUGACACGCCGCGGCACCGAAAUGCAAGGGAUUGUCGAGCAGCUGGCGCCGGCCUCGAAGGACGAAUGGGGACCGGAAGUGGAUGGCACGCAGAAGGCGCUCGUCGCGCUUCUCGGGGAGUGCAAGGACCAGGAAUCCGACCUGGCCGCCAACACCGACGCCUACGAGGAGUGCGUGCGCCGCGUUGACAAGAUCAUCGCCGCCCUCAAAGGUCAAAUGGCCACCGACGAGGCCGAACGCCUGGCCGCCAUCGAGCGCCAGAUGCAGCUGGAGCGCGAGCGCGAGGAGGCCGCCCACGCUGAAGAGCUUGCCGCCGCCCAGCUGCGCGAGGAGAACGAGCGAAAGCGCCGCGAGCUGGAGGAGGAGCGCGAGCGUGCCGAGCGCGUCCACCUGGCCCGCCUCGAGCAGCAGAGGGAGGAGCUGCUGGCCCGCGCCGAACAAGUUCGCCAGGACGCCAUGCUCGCCACCCGCAUCGCCCAGCAAGAACAGCUCGACGCCCAGCUGGCCGCCCGCUUGGCCGCCGAGGAGCGUGGCCAGGCCACCCUUGUCGAGCCCCCGCCCCCGGCUGUCGCCCCGCCCCCGACCGCAUCGUCGUCGCCGGUCGCUGCUUCGGGCGGCCCCAGCGCCGCCAAGCGCGCCAAGUACGACCUGGCGACGUGGAAAUACGCCGCGCUCCGCGAGCAGAUCAACACCUCUGACGACGCCGAGCUGGUGAUGGCGUGCAAGGAGGAGUUCCACCGCCGCCUGCGCACGUUCAGCGAAUGGAAGACGAAGAACCAGACCGACAAGGAGAAGAAGACCGAGGCGACUCGCCAAGUCCCGUUGGCCCUGCAGAAGACGGAGCAGCCGAAGGGGACGCUCGUCGCCGCCCAGCCCAUCGCCAACCUCGUCUCCACCCAGCAGCGCUACUUCAAGACCCCGCUCGAGGUGCCGCUCGCCAUGAUGCAGUCCAGCAACCCUACCUCCGUCGUGCGCAGCUUCGGGCCGCCGAAGGGAAUGUGGUACGCCCAUUUCAACGGCCAAUGGGUCCAGCGUCAGAUUGAGGUGCGCAACACCGGCGAGGCGGUGCUGCUCAUUGCCGGCCGUGACGAUCUGGAGAUGUGCCCGCAGCGCCUCGACCAGACGGCCCUGCCGUGGAUGAAGGGCGCCGAGAUCCUGGAGCAUGACUUUGAGAAGGUGUGGGCGACGUGCGGCGGCCAGCCCCUCGUCAAAUCCGCCGGCGGCAGCGACAACGACGAG